AAGCGAGACGCGACAUUUUGGUACGGAACUUUUCCGAGUAUUGAUUGCCAUGCCAGUUAGAAGUACAUAUUUAUUACCUACGAUAGAAAUAUAAUACCUGAUAUAUACUAGUUAACAUGCAUUUUUGCCAGACUGAAUGUACCUGUGUUUAGUUAGAUGCAUACGUAGGCAGUUAUAUUUGUGAUUGAUUUUCAGUAAGUACCCAGUUUCAUUGUGCAGACGCGUAGUGCGACUGAAAGUGGCGGCGAUGGCGAUGCCUGAGCAGUUUUCACUACGUUGGAACGAUUUCCACUCAAAUUUGUCACAGUCAUUUCAAGCAUUACUGGAAGGAGAAGAUCUUGUAGACGUCACAUUAGCGGCUGGUGGUCAAUACGUGCAUGCUCAUAAACUAAUUCUCUCUGUUUGUAGUCCAUACUUCAAGGAGCUGUUUAAGAUGAAUCCUUGCGAACACCCUAUAGUGAUCCUUAAAGAUGUAGCUCAUCAUGAACUAAGGCAGCUUCUGCAAUUCAUGUAUCGUGGCGAAGUACAUGUACGGCAGCAAGAGUUAUCUGGCUUCUUACACACUGCUGAGCUGUUGCAAGUUAAAGGGCUGACUGGUGGUAGGGAGAAAAGUGAGUCACCUCCACCAGUAGCAGAAGAAGAUUCAUCUAAUACACAACCAUCAGUACCUGAACCUGUAAGCGACAGUCUGCCAGAAUGGGUUCCACCAGGAGAAGAGAUUACUGCUGAAGCUGCUUUGGAGACAGUUGGGCCUGUAGUACCAAAGGAGGAGGCAGCACGAAGUCCAUUGAAGCGACUAUUAAAAAAUACAACAAACAAGAACAGCUUUAACAUCAAUAAGAAGAAACCUCGGCCAGUAAAUGACAUCCCGGCUCAUGCUGAAAAUACUGAAUAUGCUUCAGAUGGUGAACCCAUGAUCGACUUUGACAAUGACAUUUUCCACAACUUGGUGCUGCCAGAUUCAGGAAAAGAGGCCGGAUGGAACUGCAAAACUGGCGGGGUUAAAUGUCCAUCUUGUCACCGAUUUUUCGCGAAUCGAUACAACCUAAAAGUACAUAUACGAGACAAACACGACACAAGAGAAGGAACAUUACAAUGCGAUAUAUGUCAGAAGCGUAUGAGGAAUCCUUCCUGUCUCCGAGUUCACAUGUACCAUCACCGUAAACAAGCAGCUUAUCUGGCCCAACUGAGUGCUCAAGGAGAUCAAAUGCGACACGUUGUUCAAAAUAUGGUCGAGAACAAAUGGCGUACAGAAGCAAAAGCAGAGUUCAGAGAAGCAGAAAAUUUUCCGGCUUCAGCGCCGACCGGGGAGGUGAACAACUUGCAGCCGGCUCAGCAGGACGUGAAGUUCGCUCCCGAAGCUAUCCUGCCGAAGACGGAGGCCAACCACGAGACAGUAUGAUUAGCAACCAACUCUACGAUCGAUUACGAUUUCGUAGACCCUCAAACCUUAGCCAACAUAUUUACUCAACAAUACAGCUGGAAUUCAUCGCUCAUUUUCGGAUAUGUUGGCAAUUCCAAAUCCAAGAAAUAAAUUCACUUUUUUUUUAGAAUAUAGAUUUUUAUGAAUCGAUAAAGUUGUAAAAUACAACUUCAUAUCACGUUGAUUUAAAUAUUUCGAUUAAUCGAUUUAUAUAUUUUUUUUAUCUUUCA